UAAUGUCCAAGUCAUAGUCUUUCUUUAAGAUUUCCUCUGCGAUACAUGCAUAUCCCUGAAUUUCAUGAUCAUCACCACCUUUAUUCCAUUCUCAGAUACCCAUAACCACUGAAAGAGCAGCAAUCCUUACCAGAAAAUAUAUCCAUGGAAGUUCUUCCCUCCCAUAAGCUUCUUUUCCGACUCUAUCUUCUCUUACCUCUCCAUAUCACCUCACUUCUACUUGUCUCUUCAGCUUACUCUCCUCCUGAUCAUUACUUUAUCAACUGUGGAGCACAAUCCAAAACCAAAGUCAACGAUACUCGAGUCUUUGUUGGUGACCAGGAUUUCUUAGUCAGAGAGGGAGAAACUGUCAAAAACAAAAACUCAUCAGCAAGCAGUUCACCUCUCUAUCAAACGGCAAGAAUUUUCAAAUACCCAGCUUUAUAUAAGUUUGAAAUCAAACAGGCUGGUAAAUACAUUGUACGCCUCCAUUUCUUUGCUUUCAUGUCAUUAUAUAUUGAUGAUCUGCCUGUUCCUCGAUUCAAUGUUUCGCUAAUUUCUCGGUUCUCACUUUUGACGAACUAUAGCUUCCGAAACAUUAGUACUAGUUCUCCAAAGAUUGAGGAAUUCUUGCUCACCAUCCCAAAUGGUAAAUUUAAAAUCUACUUCAUACCUUACGAGACAUCUUCGGCUUUCGUGAGUGCCAUAGAAGUCUUUCUUGGCCCUGAGAGCUUCAUCCCUGAUAAGGCCGCUCACAUUACUUCUCAAGGAUAUAAGAGUGACUACAGUGGUUUGGCCUCCAAGGUUCUGCAUAAAUUAAUCUAUAGGAUCGAUGUUGGAGCCCCUUCUACGCCCCAACCCGAUGAAUUAUGGAGGAAUUGGGAGCUAGAUGCUGGUUACUUACAAAGCCCAAUAAGUGAAACGGAUGAUUCAUAG